CGCCGACAGGCGACACUUUAUCAGUACAAUAUGUGUUUAUAAUGGGCAACACGAAUAGCUCCCAUAAGAUAUCCGCUCAGGAUAGAGCCAUUCUUGAUCUAAAAAUCCAGCGGGACAAGCUCCGCCAGUAUCGGAAGCGUAUAACGGUCCUUACCGAUCGUGAAACCGAGAUAGCAAAGGAAUGCCUUGCCCGGGAUGAUCGCAAACGCGCUCUCCUCGCUUUGCGCCGCAAGAAAUACCAAGAAUCGCUCCUGAUCAAGUCCGAAAGGGAGCUCGACCAACUAGAACAGUUGAUUAAUCAAGUUGAAUUCUCACUUGUUCAGAAAGAUGUCCUCUUUGGGUUACAGCAGGGCACGCAGGUACUACAGGCUAUCAACAAAGAGAUGGGGGGUAUCGAAGGAGUUGAAAAACUAAUGGGUGAGACGGAAGAAGCACGGGCAUACCAAGAGGAGAUCAGUCAAAUGCUCUCAGGGAAUCUAUCGAACCAGGAUGAGGAUGAAGUUGAGGAUGAGUUGGCUGCAUUACAGCUGGAGACGCAGAGACUGCAGAACUUACCACAUGCGCCAAAGUCGAAACUCCCAGAAAGGUCAAACGAGGAAGAAAGCCAGGAAUUACAAUCUCAAGAAGGCGGCAAAGCUAAGGCGCAAUCCGCAAUUCCAGCUUAAAAUAUAUGCUAUUGCCCCACGCUUCUUUUACAGAUUGAAGCCAUAUGUGAGAUACCAAAAGCAUUUCUAGCGUGGAUGGAACGGCCGUUUUUAUGCCAUCCAGUACAUCCCCUAGUUAUCUGCAUUUCAAAUGAUAAAAUUAAAAUUGGUAUAGCAUUAUCAGCCCAGCUCCGAUACCGAAAGCUGUAUUGCACUGCUUCCUUCACUGCAACUUGCAGCGCAAGCAUGUCCCUUGGAUUAAUCGGUCAUCCUGUAUGACACAAUUUCCCUGGCUUGAGGCGGGGUUUUCUAGAAGUAUACAAUGUGCAUACAUGACUCAUUGACCGGGCAUAAUCCUACCUCCGACGCCAGUUACGCCUUGAAUUGCGACGUGGUCACUGGGAUUGGCUGCUGCUUCGUAGAGAAAGCUGACAGGCUCCCUGUUCAAAGCCAUAAAUUGACCUUUGAACCCAACAUAACCAACCUUAGUCACAUCCUCAUUCCCAUUGCUCCAGUUGUCCUCAAAGAACAAGGUAAUGGAGGUAGUAGCAUUCCAGUGAGCGCGGUUCAAUGGCAAAUCGAAGACAUCGGCUCCUGGAACCGGCUGCGGGAUCUCCACUGACUGUGUCGGCUUCAGCUCUAACGCAGUCGCAAAAUCUAGAUCGUCACGAUUCUUGAACAUUUUCAAAGUCUUUGGGGCAGCCGGUGUCGGAGCUGUGUAAAUGAGUAAAGAGUGAACCUUUACUUGACCCGUGAAGCUGCG